CAAUAUUUGUUGCAUUGCUGUUAUCGUUUAAUGUUUUUGUUUACAACUUGCAUACGAACGUUUACAUCAUACCCAGAAGAAAGAACUUUUUCCAAAGGUUUUCCAAACCAUGGCGAGACACGCUCUAAUUGGUGGUGGUACUGGUUUCGUGGGUACUCGUCUUGCCAAACAUCUGGCUGGUCAAGGAUAUGAAGUUACCGUAGUAUCUCGUAUGCCUGGCCUAAAACGAAUCACUUGGCAUCAAUUGGAGAAGGAUGGACUGCCCAAAGGUGUUACAUCAGUGGUGAAUUUGGCCGGUCAAAAUGUAUUGGAUCCCUCCAGAAGAUGGACUGCCGGUUUUAAGCAAAACGUAUGGAAUUCACGCAUUAAUUCGGGUGCAUCCUUGGUGAAGGCUAUUGAAAAGGCCGGCGGUGUUGAGGCUUUUGUAAAUAUAUCCGGAGUUUCUCAUUAUCCUCCCAAUGAAAACAAGGUCUAUACGGAAAAUGAUGAAGUACAAGGUUUUGAUUUUAUGUCACGUCUUUGUUUGGAGUGGGAAAAGGCUGCCACUUUGCCAGAUGGUGUACAGAAUGUAACAAGGGGUGUAAAGUUGCGAACCGGUGUUGUUGUGGGACGUGAAGGUGGCAUGAUCCAGUCCAUAUGGAUACCCUUUAAUUUGGGAGUGGGUGGUCCCAUGGGUACGGGUAAACAAAUACUGCCAUGGAUCCAUUUGGAAGAUUUAUGUCGCCUCAUUCAACAUUGCUUGGAAAACAAAGAGUGUAAGGGAGUAUUUAAUGCUGUGGCACCCGACAUUGUAACAAAUGGUGAAUUUUCCAAGACCUUUGCUUCAGCCUUACAUCGACCCUGCCUCUUUGCUGUACCCGAAUUCGUUGUUGACUUAAUGUUUGGCAAAGAUCGCUCAGCUUUACUGUUGAGCGGUGCCAAAAUCGAACCCAAACAUGCUUUGGAUACGGGCUUCGAGUUCAAAUAUCCCACUGCCAAACUGGCCUGUCAGGAAGUGGUGAAGAAACAAUGAACCAAAUUGAAAAAAAAAACAUCUGUAAACGAUAACAUUACAUACAUAACAUGGCUUUUUGUGAUUGGUACUUUUAUAAAAGUAGGUCUAAUAUGAUGUUCCUUAUUUAUACUAAUAAUUUCUUUCAAAUGAUUUUGAACAAAUUGUGUAAUAUAUAAAAGAAAUCAUAUUAUUUAUUUAUGCCAAAAAUAUAGAAUGAAUCU